AUUAAUUAUGUCCAUGUAUAAGAGGAGAUAAGAAAAGCGGGUGUUGACUUACAUUUCAGAACCAUCCAGAAAUGGGGACCUGGAUUUUGUUUGCCUGCCUCCUGGGAGCAGCCUUCGCUAUGCCCCUACCACCUCAUCGGCACCCUGGUUAUAUCAACUUCAGCUAUGAGGUGCUUACCCCUUUGAAGUGGUACCAGAGCAUGAUAAGGCAGCCGUAUCCUUCCUAUGGUUACGAACCCAUGGGUGGAUGGCUGCACCACCAAAUCAUCCCCGUGCUGUCUCAACAGCAUCCCCCGAGUCACACCCUUCAGCCUCAUCACCACGUCCCAGUGGUCCCAGCUCAACAGCCCGUGGUCCCCCAGCAACCAAUGAUGCCAGUUCCUGGCCACCACUCCAUGACUCCAACCCAACACCACCAGCCAAACCUCCCUCCACCUGCCCAGCAGCCCUUCCAGCAGCCCUUCCAGCCCCAGCCCGUCCAACCCCAGGCCCACCAGCCCCUCCAGCCCCAGUCACCUCUGCACCCCAUGCAGCCCCUGCCCCCACAGCCACCUCUGCCUCCAAUGUUCCCCAUGCAGCCCCUGCCCCCCAUUCUUCCUGAUCUGCCUCUGGAAGCUUGGCCAGCAACAGACAAGACCAAGCGGGAAGAAGUGGUGCUUACCCCUACGAAGUGGUACCAGAGCGUGAUAAAGCAGCCGCUUAACGUGAGAAUCAUAGGAGAAAAAUGA